UUAGGGGUAAAUAUUUCUGAGAGUUGGUAACACUGCGACAUGAUAUUUUUGUUCUCUUUUAACUUGACGUUUUGAGUGAGAUUGUUCUCCGGUUCAGCGCUGAGCAAUUUUUACGGAAAAGUUGUUUAACUCGGCCGGAAAAUCAUAACAAAAUGGCAGCCGCUGUCGUGUCAGGCAAGGAUAUCGAGAAGCCCCAGGCUGAGAUCUCGCCAGUCCACCGCAUCCGUAUCACACUGACUUCACGCAACGUGAGGUCUCUAGAGAAAGUGUGCUCGGACCUCAUCAAUGGUGCCAAGAAACAGAAGUUGCGUGUUAAGGGCCCAGUGCGCAUGCCAACCAAAGUGCUUCGCAUCACAACGCGCAAAACGCCCUGCGGUGAAGGUUCCAAAACAUGGGACAGGUUCCAAAUGAGAAUCCACAAGAGAGUGAUCGACCUGCACUCUCCAUCAGAGAUUGUUAAACAGAUUACUUCUAUUAACAUCGAGCCUGGUGUAGAGGUUGAAGUGACCAUCGCCGACGCGUAGGCACAACUGCCAAUAAAUAUUUACACAUA